CAAUGUCGGUCGAGACGGACCGCCAAAAAUCAAUCCGACGAUUUUCAAAAGCUGUUUCCAAAUCCCUAAACAUAGAGUCCGUUGGUUUAGACAAUUUCCCAAUAAUAUACCCUCGUCGAGAUAGAGCUGCCGGAGAUGGCGAUUCAUUUCAGAACACGAAUCAGAUUUCCAGAUCGCUCGAACCAAAAACCCAGUGGCUAUUUCUUCUUCAUUUCCCGGUUCAUCUCCAAAUCUCUGUCUGAAAGCACUUACGAUCCUCCAUUUUCUCCGGUUUCCAAGCUCCAAAAGGCAAAGAAGAAGAAAAAGGCCCACGGUGGAAAUUCGAAUUCAAACGAAAACCCUACUCUCCCACUCAAGUCCUAUCUUCCUUUCGACUUCUUCUACUCCUACUCUGAGACCAAUCCCUUAGUUAACCCUAUAGGCUAUCGAGAAUCGCCCAAAUUCUCUCCGUUUGGACCGGGCCGCCUCGACCGGAAAUGGACUGGAACUUCGGCUCCUUCAGCGGUGGAAGUGAAUAUAAAUGAAGUGUUAGAAGAGAGGAAACGGAUUCUUGGAGACCCAUUAUCGGAUGAGGAAGUUGCAGAGCUUGUGGAACAGUAUCGGCAUAGCGAUUGUUCUCGGCAAAUCAAUCUUGGAAAGGGGGGAGUUACCCAUAAUAUGUUGGAUGACAUCCACAACCAUUGGAAAAGGGCUGAAGCUGUGAGGAUCAAAUGCUUGGGAGUCCCAACUCUUGAUAUGGAAAAUAUAUGCUUCCACCUUGAGGACAAGUCUGGUGGGAAGAUUAUUUACCGAUAUAUCAACAUCCUCCUUUUAUACCGUGGUCGGAACUACGAUCCCAAGAAUCGGCCAGCUAUCCCGCUUAUGCUGUGGAAACCUUAUGCACCAAUAUAUCCAAAGCUUGUGAAGAAUGUGGCAGAUGGCUUGUCAUUUGAUGAAACAAAGGAAAUGAGAAGCAGAGGAUUGAAUUCUCCUCCUCUAAUGAAACUUACAAGGAAUGGUGUAUAUGUUAACGUCGUAGACAGAGUCAGAGAGGCCUUCAAGUUCGAGGAGGUGGUUAGACUAGAUUGCACUCAUGUUGGUAGCAGUGACUGCAAACAGAUAGGCGUUAAAUUAAGGGAUUUGGUACCUUGUGUGCCCAUUUUAUUCAAGGACGAGCAGAUUAUUCUGUGGAGAGGGAAAAAAGAUCAUGAAGAGGACAUGAACUCAUAGAUGGUGAAUGUAGGCCAUUGUCGAACACACCAUCCAUACCAUGUACUCAUUUAGUUUAUGGAUGGGCCAAGUUAUGUCAUGGACUCUGAAGGUAGCACGAACUCGAAGGGCGGAAAUGUAGACUGUACUGGUGCUCCAUAUCUGGAAUGAGUUUGGGAAUUUGUUGAUUUUCAUUUCUCAAACCCUUUGUCGCAAUGUGGAAGUUGAACAUCUUGACUAGUAGUCAAGUUAUAUCCGAUAUGUGCUGUGAAUCAUUGACUAAAAUUUAAUGUCAUUGUUCAAGCCCAAAAA